AUGGACCAACAACAAAGCCAACAUGGCGGCCGAGCUCCAGCUCCAAUAGCACCAAACCCAAACGCAACAAACCCGCAACAAAUGGAUACCAUGGGUGCUCAAGGAUUGACACCACAGCAUUUGCUGGAGCUCAUGACGAACCCAAGUCUUGCAGCCGCAGCAGCGGCAUCACCAUUGCUUCCCCCAGCUGCAAUGAUGACCAACCCUGGGGCUGUGUACACUAUGCCUGAUGUCUUCACUUCUAGUGCAGGUUUGACGCCUCGAGGUGCCACCAGUGGAAUACCUCUUCAACAUUUAAAUGCUCAGACUGGUGUUCCCAUGUCAAAUCAACAGUUUUAUCAAUAUCAGCUUGGCCAACAAGCCGCGCAAAUGCAAGCUCUGAGCUCUGGCGGAUAUCAAUUACAAGCUGGUAUGGGUGGACAAAUGGCCAUGAUGGCUGCUCCUCCGAAUCAUGCAGCCAGCAGCGGCGAGUCAAACGGUACAGGAGAUUCGAAAAAGGGGAAGAGGAAAAGGGAUUUCAGUCCUGCAGAACGAGCGAGACGGAAUCGUGAUCGAAAUCGAGAGCAUGCAAAAUCGACAAGACUACGGAAAAAAGCUUACAUCCAAGAGUUGAAGGAGCUUGUGGAAGGAAUGCAAGCUGAGCGGACAGAAGAAGUGAGGCAGCGAAGAGUCGCAAUUCAACGACUAGCUGAUAUGCAAAACGUGCGCCGCCAGGUAAUCCAUAACUUUCUUCGCUUUCUUUGUAAUUCUGAGAGAGACAAAAGAAAGUGGUCAACAAUUCUUGAAGAUGACUUUUGGUUGAAACAACCUGUGACUCCAUACCGGUGUUUCCGACGCAGUGAAAUCGAAAAGGAGAGUCGAAUAUCUAGAGGUCUUGAUGCAAUCGUUGCUGAUGCCGCAAGUGUAGCUGUUAUGAUCGAAGGUGUUGGAUCCAGAAGCACAAGAUGGAUGAAUUUCAAACGCCGUGAGUUCUUUCUUCGAGAAGAAGAAAGAACAGGGAGAAAACGAAUGCCUCGUAGCAUCCAAAAUGGAAAAUUUCAACAUGCUGUAUCUAGUCUAUCAGCUUCCAGUUCAAACUCUUCCAAUACUGGAUCAAGUUGUGAAGAGGCAAGCAAAAAAGGUUUUCCGAACCCUUCGAACGGGGUCAAGAAGGUCAGCAACUCGAGCGGGAGUAGUGACAGUGGCGGACAGCAAGGAAAUCACGCUGGUGAAUUUCAUGACUAUCACGCGAAGCCGCUGCCAGAUCCGAAGCUUGCCGAUUCGGAACGCAGCAGUAGCAAUGAAACAUCAGAGGACUCUCCAGCAGAAGACUCCAAUGGAAGUGCUGAUGACACCAAGCGUGUGAGCACCGAUUCUUCCUCAGGCGAUGAUUCUACUGCAGCAAUCAAAGAUCCUCGACCUCCUAAACGAAGAAAGCAUGUGCCGCAACAAACCCAGUUCCCAACAAACAGCGCGACUCUCACGUCGAUUGCUCUGAAGUCUCAUUUGCCACACAACAUUGCGAAGACAGGUGGUAUUUCUCACAAUGUCCGCGCAAUGUUUUCAAGUGGAGUGCCAUCAGUGUCCACCGAGAAUCCUCUACAAUCCAAUUCUCCAGCGAUUGCGCUUCCGCCAUUCGCCGGGAUUGGAAAGAAGUCACCUACUUCGAUAGAGGGUUCACAAGCCAGAGAAAUGUUGCCGCCAAUUCCAAACGCAGAUGCUUCUGUUGCAGCUUCUGCUAGUGGUAGCGCGGCUGGAACUCAUAAUGGACCAGCAAUCAUCAUAUCUGGUGAUGUUGAGACAUCUUCGAGCAAUUCUUCUAGUAACCGUCCUCAUACUCGUGCUUGUUUUCAUAUCAAUGAAGACAACAUUAUUUUGAUGGACGACAUACUCAUGGCUCCUUAUGUCAUGAGGACUCAAGAUGCUGUGCAGUGUGGUGCUCUCGCCGAAUGCGUCAUGACUGGCAUGCUUCGUGCUCACUUUUCGAAUACUAGCAAGUUGAAGAGCAUCGAGCUGAUUUAUGACGCCAUGGGCUUCAUGCAGCAGCUUGAGAGGGCAAGUGGUAAUGAGACGACAGCUCAAAUCAUUCCAGGGAGUUUGGAAAUGGCUCUUUCACCCAACGCUCAAGAAGCCCGAGUCAUCACUUUGGCUCAGAAGCCAUACAAAAUCGUCAAUGUCAACGAGAGCUGGACCAAACUGACACGGUACACACAGAUGGAAGCAGAAGGAAAAGAACUCUUCAAAAUCCUUGAAGGAGACUUGGAAGCAGAUGCUGGAGAGCUGAGCAAUGUUCCAUAUGAAUUGGAUGAUGUAAGCCAAGGUCAAUGCACGUGCGCCACAAGGCUUCACUUCGACAAGGAAGGACGGGAGUUCGUCGACUUCAUUUGCUCCUAUCCAUUGACAAAUGCAAACGAUGAAAUCACCCAUAUGUUACAUGUUAGCAAGGAACUUCCCGAAGAAUCUUCUGUGGAUGUUCAAGAAUCAUCUGUAUUGGCUUGA